CUGACUGUCAACAACCUCCUCGUUACUCGCUCGACAUUCCGUCAUCCCAUUCUCACUCCACCCAUUUCCGAUAUGUCUGACUCCGAGGACGACUUCAUGUCCGACAAGUUUCUCGUAGAGACCCCUCUCUCCGCCGAGAGCACCUACUCCGCGCGCCGUCGGCGGGCGGAAGCAGCAGGCGCCGCGAAGGCCAAGGCGAAUGAGGUACUUCCCCUGCGGGAGCGGGAGAGGGCUGCGCGAAGCGAGGGUCUGAGCCGAUCACUCUUCGUGGAGAAGCCCGGAGAGAAGAAGGAGAGGGGCCAAGCGAAGGCGAUGGACCUCAUGAAGAAGAUGGGGUGGAGCGUGGGUGAGGGGCUGGGGCGUCGGCGUAGCGCAAGCCCGGAGCGUCCCUCCGGCUCCGGGAAGGUGGACAGGGAACGCGAUGACGAGCCACGUCGCGGUAUCGGGGCGCGCGCCGAGCCCAUCCGAAUUUCGAUGUGGGCUGGCCGGCGCGGUCUGGCAGCUCGUAGCCCCUCGCCUCCUCCACCGCCGAAGCGGGGGGAGAUCAGCGCUGCGCGCCAGCGCGAGCUCGACGAGGAGGCAGGGAGCUUCCGUGGUCGCCGCGGAGCUGAGGCUGAAGCGCGCGACAGGGAGCGCAAGGAGGAGAAGGCGCGUCAGAUGCUUGUCGAGAUGGACGCGGCCAAGGGCGUCACGUUUCACCCAUUGCAUGCGCGCCCGAGCGAUCCCGAGUCUCUGCCCCGGCCCCUUCUCCGACUACUGUAUCCGGAGACGUCGCCAUCUCCGGGUAACUCGCCGAUUCCGUCGCCGCCUCUCACUUCCUCGGCACUACCAGCAGCGCCCCCUGUACGGCCGGCCAUCCGCAAUAACGUCAACAAGGCUGAGGCACUCCGCGAGCAGAUGCGUCGCGACAUGCUUUCGCAGCUCGGGGCCAGCGAGGAUACUAUUCGAUUCGGAGUGCCCGUCGCGCGCGACGAGGCGAAGAAGGAGGCUGCAGCCGAUGCCGCCCAGACGGUCGCCGUCGACUGGCCUGCCCAGGUGCGCGGCACGCGCCGCGUGCUCGCCAUGACUGCUGCUGAGCACCUCGCGUAUCUUGUCUCUCAGCUGCGGAACGAGCACCUGUUUUGCUUCUGGUGCGGAAGCAAGUACAGCAGCUUUGACGAGAUGGACGGGCCCGGUGGAUGUCCAGGCGAGGAGGAGGAUGACCACUAGCGCCGCAUGUUUGGCGUAGCCGAGUAGUAUAUGUACAUGGUAUCAUUACAG